UCCUCUCGACUAAUUCUCACGGCCUUGGCUUUUCCUCCUCAAGUCACACAUCGCCAACCGUUUCCCUACCUAUUCUCGCCGUCGUCACUCGUUCCUGACCCGCGCUGCCUUGUUGCUUUUUAACUACUAUCGCUUACUACUCUUGUUGCUACAUCAACUUCUUCUGCACGUGUUACUUCAACGACAACCCCGCGCGAUCAGACGAAACCGAUCCGACCGAAACGCCCCUGCACCUGUCGUCCCAAGUUGAACCGAGCCAAUUCGUGAAGCCGGCAUACCCAGUCUAUCCACGAAACUCUGCAUCACCACACAAAUUGACACCGACAUCUAUAUCGACAUCGUCUCCCACGUUCGAACCACCUGUAAACGAUAUACACGUAGCGACCCAGAUUUCGGGGGGCUCAACCGUGCCGGCGGAUACGCAACUCAUCAGACACCCGAAUUCCUCCCCGUCGCCGCCGUAAACACGCACAACGCAUCCCACCGCCACCCGCGGACGACGACUGUCGAGCACGACACCCCCUUCAAGAGGCCUUUGCACAUAACAACAACACCGUUUCUUCGAUAGACCUCCCGGUUCCGAAGCCAUUCGUUCUCCUCCCGUCGCAAUCUCGUAACCACCCUACAUUCACCAUAAUGCUGUCGGUUCUUCCCUUGGGCCUUGCCCUCCUCGGCGCUUCGACCGUUCUCGCCCAGACCCCUCCCUCCUGCUCCCUGACCAACAAGUGCCCCCAGGAUGCGCCCUGCUGUUCCCAAUACGGCCAGUGCGGGACUGGCGCCUUCUGCCUCGGCGGCUGCGACCCUCGAAUGUCCUUCUCCCUCGACGCUUGCGUGCCCGCCCCCGUCUGCCAGGACAAGAAGAUGCCCAUGGACUCGCUUGACAAGAUUGUCGACAUUAGCAAGUAUUACGGCGACCCCAGCAAGGCCGACUGGGUCGCCCAGGGCGAACCCGCCCUGUACAACAAGGAGGCUGUGCUCCUGACCAUGCCUGCGAAGAGUGUCGGAACGGUCCUCGCCUCGACCACGUACAUGUGGUACGGAAGCGUCAAGGCCAAGAUCAGGACCUCGCGUGGUCCCGGUGUUGUGACUGCCUUCAUCUUGUACGGAGACGUCAAGGAUGAAAUUGACUACGAAUGGGUCGGUGCCGACCUAGAGAUGUCCCAGACCAACUACUACUUCCAGGGCAUCCCUAGAUAUGACCAAUCCGGCAACAUCUCCCUCUCCGACACGUUCCGCAACUGGCACACGUACGAGAUCUCGUGGACUCCCGACGAGAUCAAGUGGCUGGUAGAUGGCCAGGUCGGCCGCACCAAGAAGCGCUCGGACACGUGGAACGCGACCGCACAGCAGUGGGACUACCCGCAGACCCCCGCCCGUGUCCAGCUGUCCAUCUGGCCUGGCGGUGCCGACACCAACGCCAAGGGCACUGUCGACUGGGCCGGCGGUCCUAUCAACUGGGAGCACGAGGACAUCAAGAACGCCGGGUACUUCUACGCCAUGGUCAAGGACGUCGAGAUCAGCUGCUUCAACGCUAAGAGCCCGCCGGGCUCCAAUAGCAAGAAGAGCUACUAUUACAACAACAUCAAGUCCACCAACGACACCGUCGUGGACAGCGACAAGGACACCAUCCUGAAGAGUUUCCUCGGCUCCGGCCUCGACAUGAAUGCCGGCGCGACCACGGCCUCGGGCACUGCCUCGAAGCCUACGGCGUCGGCGGCCACCAUCCCGGGCGGCAGCAACACCGGACCGGGCAACGACCAUAGCGACGACAGCAGCUCGUCCGGUUCAGGAUCCGGCUCAGGCUCAGACUCGGGCUCAGGUUCAGGCUCGGGCUCCGGCUCCGGCUCGGGCGAUUCCAGCUCGGGAUCCGGUUCCGGCAGCACCUCAUGCGGCGCCGGCAGCUUCUCGCAGGACUGCAACAGCAACGGCAACGGCAACUCGGGCUCGAGCAACACGAGCGACGGUGUCUGCCGUACGUCAUCACUUGGUGCAAGUGCUUUUGCCGCACUGGUGGCCGCCUCUGCCCUCUUGCUGCUGUAGAGUGGAAACCCGUACCUGGACUUAUUGAUUGAAAAAGUGGUUUAAUGGUAUAAUGUGACGUACUGACUGGGCUUCAUUGCGAGCUCCUUUUAUAUAAUGAGGGCUUUUUAUUCCUUGAAGAAGCAUUUUUAUGAGACUUUUGCUGGUAAUGGCGCUUGCCGUCCGUUCCUUUAGUAAGAAGUCGAGCAACUGCAUUGCUUUAGUAGGCGGCUGUUUGUAAGCUUAAAGUUCAAGCCUGCGUCGGUAUAUAUGAAAGGUACGCAGUCCACAGUAGUUGAAGUUCAAUAUCAUUCGUGCGGUAGUAGUUGUCAUGCGCAUGCGUCAUAAAGACUCGCCAGAUGGACGAGGAUGGCCGUGAAUGGCGGCAGCUUGCAUGUUGCAGGCUUCUGCUUGGCCGUCAAAUGCUAGGAUGAACUGUCGUUGGACAUGCGCGGCUAUUUACUGCCAGUCCCGGAGAGGCCGUACUGGGGUUCGGCUGUGCGUCGGUGAUUGACGGAAAAUGAGAUUAGCAUCGGGUUGAGUGAGCCUUUCAAACCAAAGAUUCGAACUCGGUCAAGUAUGUGUGGACGCAAUGCGGCGCGGACGAUCUUGACGUCUGGUGUGGUUCAUGUUGGCGCCUUGGUUCG